UAUAAAAUAUGUAAAAUUCCAGUUGGAAAUAUGCUUGUUCGUAUAUAAUUUUUAUAUACUAAGAGCUUUAAAAUUGAACUUCCGUCCUUUAAAUGACGUCACGCACUCAAAGUCAAAUUCGCAUCAAAACAAGCAAAUAUGCCAUGUUUGAACGCAAAGUUCGAUGCGUUCCCAUCGACUAAAUUCAGUGGGCGAUAGCUCAAAAUGAUCAGUAAAAUACAGAGAAAACGUUUGUAUCGAAAAACGAAAUAUGAAAAUUUCACUUCAGUAGCACUUUAAGACAACAAAAAACAGUUAAUUGUCGUUAAUAUGAAUAAUUUUUUAUUGCUUGUCUUGUUAAAUAAGAUUUUCUUUUUGUAAGAGUUGAUAAAAUGUUAUACAUUAAAGAACUCAUGUUUAUCAAAAUGCAGUUUUAGUUACAAGUUCUCUUGGAAAAGUGUGGAAACUUCUACACUUGUCGACAGAAUUAUUUUGUUUAGUUUGUCUUUAACAUUUCAAUGUCAAUUGUCACACAAAUUUUAUAUAAAGACCGUUGUCAACAGCUACUCAAUAUGACUUUCGUUCAUUUUAUGUUAGCAUUUUUUUGUCUAUGACAACCAUUUUCAUCUGCGAGAUAUUUCAUAAGACGUAGGAAUACAUACAAUGGUUUAUUAAUUUUAAAUAAUGUUUUCAACGUAUGCUCAAUUAUUGCAAAACAUUGCAGCAAAGCGAAGUUUACAUUUAUCUUCUGUUGUCAUGGCUCGAUUGUGGCACCUGUUGUAAAACUAUCGCGAAUUGAUAUUUGUUUCUACACUUGUUGAACUUUUAAAUCGAUAGUUAGUUGUUAAAUUCCUACUUUUCUUCGUACAAGUUGUAAAGUUUCUAUCAAGUUCAUAUAUUUUUUGGAAUCGUUUGGCGAUAAUUCUUGGUAGUGAUGGCAUACUGAACUUAAAUAUUGAGCAAGAUUGAACGUCAUAGCAAAGUGUCAUUAAAAGCAAGAUAGCACAGUGUGAUUCUUUAAAAAAAAAAUGAAUACAACUAGUUGUAAAGAUAUUCUCAUCCCUGGUGAGGAACGAAAAUGGCAUUACUUUAUCUUAACGUCGAUCACGCUAUACUUUGGUGGAUUGCUAAUAAUCCUCUUUGGGAGACUACUCGUUAAAUUAUUUCAAGGAAAUUGGUCGAAAACGUUACAGGUGACUCCAUCUCCUGUAAAAGAUCAAGAAAAUCUAGAUCAUCAAAACAAGAUUGUCCCUGACAUGGGUGACGUUCAUGUUAUUAUUAAAGAAGGCGCGGGAUCCCUUGUGAACGUUAAGACAUUGACAGGAAAGGUCAUAAUUGUGUUAUCAUUUUUCUUCAGUAUGAUAUUUGUCGCUCUUUACUACAUCGAAACAGCUUUUCCUGUGGAAUAUUGCCUCAAACUGAAGGAGCAGAAAUUACGGAUUUUUGAAAUCAGCUUAAAUACAUUUUUCAUUGUUCAUUUUCUGAUAAGGUUUUUGGCCGCUAACGAUAAGCUAAUUUAUUGGCUGGAGCUUACGUCAAUUGUUGAUGUUUUUACUGUACCUCAAGUCUUCGUUUCAAUUGUUGUCAAGCAAAACUGGUUGGGUCUAAGAUUUCUGAGAGCACUUCAACUUACAAAGCUUACUGAGGUUUUGGAGAUUCUUGGAAUUUUAAAAAGCGCUGGUGCAAUCGAGAUGGCUACUGUUAUUGGAAAUUUUAUUGGAUUGUGGAUUACAUCGGCUGGGAUGGUUCAUAUCCUUGAAAAUACUGGCGAUCCAUUUGGUGAUAAUAAAUAUGAACCAAGCAACUUAGAUCCAUUUGAGUGUCUUUAUUUUCUUCUCGUGACCAUGUCGACGGUUGGUUAUGGUGAUGUAUACUGUCAUACUUAUCUGGGAAAGAUUUUUAUCUGCAUCUUUAUUUUUGUUGGUCUUGUUAUGUUUACAUCAUCCAUACCAGUUAUUGGUUCUUUCCUUGCCUCACAAUCAAAAUACAACAGCACUUUUAAACCCACGGAUGGUGUAAGCCAUGUUGUUGUAUCUGGCCACAUUACCAAAGAUACAGUUUACUCAUUCUUGAAAGAAUUCCUUCAUUCAGACAGAGAUGAUAUAAAUGAACAUGUCGUUUUUCUUUAUCCAUCGUUUCCAUCCAGUGAACUAGAAGCAGUCUUGAAACGUAACUCAAGUCAAGUGUCGUAUUUCAAAGGAACAGUUUUGGAUAGCGCUGAUUGUGAACGAGUCAAGAUGAAAGAAGCGACAGCUGUGUUACUUUUAGCCAAUAGACAUUGUACAAACCCUGACGCCGAGGAUGCUGCAAACAUCAUGAGAGUUAUUUCUAUUAAGAACUUUUCUUCAAAUAUUCGUAUUGUUAUUCAACUUCUACAAUAUCACAAUAAAAUGCAUAUAUUUAACAUCCGUUCAUGGAAUAAAAGUACACGCGACGAUAUUGUCUGUGUCAGUGAGCUCAAGCUUGGAUUCGUUGCACAAAGUUGCCUCUCGCAAGGAUUUUCAACUCUGCUGGCUAAUCUAUUUGCCAUGCGAAGUGAACCUGCAGAUUGUGAGCUGGCUGAUUGGAAGGCAAAUUACUUACUUGGAGCGUCGAAGGAAAUGUAUACAGAAACAAUUUCUCCUGCGUUUGUAGACAUGAGUUUUCACGAUUUUGUGUUGUUUUGUUUUGAGAGACUUGGCUUGACUCUUUUGGCCAUACAACUCCGGUCAAUGAAUGAAAAUUUUUGCUUUGCUCUUAAUCCCUGUGAUGAGAACGUCAAUGUAGAAUUAGGAAGUAAAGGAUGUUUCAUAGCUGAUUCUGCUAUCCAAGUUAAAAGAGUGUUUUACUACUGUAAUAACUGUCAUAAAAACGUGAAAGCGGAGCAGAUACAAAAUGUUCUUGUGAUGAGACAGGCAUACAACGUUACCAAUCUAUUGUAAGUCAUGCAACUGUAAAUGGUGAGUAUGUGUUGACUUGAAAGUUCAUAUGGCAGACAAAAAACGUACAUGUCAUAAAAUGCUGUUACCAUGAUAGUUUUCGUUUCAGUGGAUAAAGAUGAUGACAAUACUAUUGAGUUGAAUUCGUCUGUUCGUAAAAA